GGAGGUAACCACUGGCUAAUCAAGACAAUACUAAGAUGUCACUGUGGGUUGAUAAGUACAGACCGUCGACACUGUCCCAAUUGGACUAUCACCAGGAUGUUUCGAAGCGUCUCGAGGCGUUGGCCUCGUCUGGAGACUUCCCCCAUCUGCUGGUGUACGGACCGUCUGGUGCUGGUAAGAAGACCCGUGUCUUGGUGCUUCUACGUGAACUGUUUGGUGCCGGUGUUGAAAAGAUGAAGAUCGACGUCCGUACGUUCCAAUUGAACUCGAGAAAGCUCGAGUUCAACGUUGUUUCUUCGCCAUAUCACCUGGAGAUCACACCCAGUGACCUUGGCAACAACGACCGUGUUGUCAUUCAGGACCUGUUGAAAGAAGUCGCACAGACAGAGCAGGUGGACUUCUCUGGAAAGCACAGGUUCAAAGUUGUGGUGAUCAACGAAGCUGAGUCGCUAAGCAGAGAUGCACAGGCUGCCCUGCGUCGCACCAUGGAGAAGUACUCGAAGAACAUCAGGCUGGUUUUGAUCUCCAACACAACUUCCAACAUCAUCGCCCCCAUCAGAUCGAGAACAUUGCUCAUAAGGAUUGCCUCUCCACAUGUUGAUGACAUCGUGGGUGUCCUGGACACCCUGUGUACCAAACAACAGGUUAGCAUCGCAGACGAUAGAACUGAAGUGCUGCAACGUAUAGCGUUGCAGUCGAAGAGAAACCUCCGCAGGGCACUACUUCUCGUCGAGGCACUGGCGAUGCAAAACGAGACACUCACCAAGAGCACACCGAUGAUCGAGCUUGACUGGGAAAGCGUGAUAAAGAGACUUGCACGGGACAUCUACAAGGACCGUACGGUCUCGAGAAUCUCUCAGUGUAGAACCGUGUGCUACGAGCUAAUCUCCCAUUGUAUACCACCAAGGAUCAUCUUGAAGACAUUGGCAUUUGAACUGCUGCACUUGGUGCAGCAUACCAAGCAACAAGAAGCCAUCAUUGAAACAGCUGCGGUUUUCGAUGAGAGGUUAAGCCUGGGAACCAAAUCAAUCUAUCACCUUGAAGGGUUCAUCGCAAAGUCAAUGGUUGUCAUUGAGACUCUAUGAGGA